AUGGAGAAUCUCGAACAGACCUGUGCGUCUCUACGCGCACAAAUUGCUGCCACAGAGGCCCAGCUCGCGGGGCUGAAACGCGACCUUGAAGUCGCCGAGCAAGCCGCCGCGGAGAUCAAGGCACAAGACGUCAAAAGCACAGGCAUUCGCGAGGAGGGUUCGGAGAAGAAGAACCCUUGGCCGUUACUUAGCGAAGAGUAUAAGCGGUAUGGAAGGCAGAUGAUCGUGCCGCAGCUGGGAUUGCAAGGUCAACUGAAACUCCGGUCCGCGCGAGUCUUGAUUGUUGGAGCAGGUGGUCUAGGGUGCCCGGCAGCGCUGUACCUUGCUGGAGCAGGGGUAGGCACACUGGGCUUGGUGGAUGGAGACACGGUGGAACAUUCGAAUCUUCACCGGCAAGUUCUACACAGGAGUAAGAAUGUUGGGAAAUUCAAGGUGGACAGUGCGAUCGAGUACCUGCGAGAAUUGAACCCUCACCCUACCUAUGUCCCUUACAGAGCACAUCUCACGCCCCAGGAAGCCCCAGAAAUUUUCAAGGACUACGACAUCGUACUUGAUUGCACAGAUAACCCGGCAACGCGCUACUUGAUUUCUGAUACGGCUGUGCUGCUCGGAAAGCCGUUAGUCUCUGCUUCGGCAUUGCGGACAGAGGGCCAGCUUAUCGUAUUGAAUAACCCUCCUCGACCAGUGGGAGACAAGAGCGGAGGACCCUGCUAUCGCUGUGUUUUCCCUAAGCCGCCGCCGGCUACCAGUGUUGUCAGCUGUGCCGAUGGCGGGAUUAUUGGCCCUGUUGUAGGCACAAUGGGGGUUCUUCAGGCAAUCGAGGCAAUCAAAGUCAUCACUUCUUCGCCGGCCGACGAGACCAGUGCCUCCCCUCCGUCCCUUCUCAUUUUCUCGGCAUACUCAACACCGCCCUUUCGCUCUAUCAAGAUCCGCUCGCGCCGUGCCAAUUGUGCAGUGUGCUCUGCUGAAGCUAGCGUGACGGUAGAAACACUUAAGACCGGAUCUACCGAUUAUGUGUUCUUCUGUGGGGUUGCAGGCCCAGAAACUCUGCUUAGGCCAGAGGAACGUAUCACGCCACUCGAAUUCAAAAAGAAACACCCGGGACAAGUGUCCCACGAGCAAGAACUUGGUGGCAGCAAAGAACCCACGAUCAUUGACGUCCGAGAACAAGUCCAGUUUGAUAUUUGCAGUCUGGACAAUAGUAUCAACAUUCCUAUUUCGACCAUCUUGUCGUCCGCAGCAAGCCCGACAACGAGCACCCCAGAGUCAUUACCCUCAUGGCUCCCACACGACAUUGUCUCGUCUUCUUCAACUGAUCCAAUCUACGUCGUGUGUCGCCUUGGGAACGAUUCUCAGAUCGCCGUCCGGAAAAUGAAAGAGCUCGGACUUGAUCAAGGCGGAAAGAGAUUUAUCUGUGAUAUCCAGGGCGGACUGCGCGCAUGGCGUGAGCAGAUCGAUCCUGACUGGCCAGAAUACUAA